CACUGCUCACUUUAAUCCUCCCUUUUCUCUCUCAAUCUCUCCCUUUUCCUCCUCCCCUUCUCUCCGCCGUUACACCGCCGCCAUAAAUACACCUCCCCCUUCUUCCUCCCCAAAUGGGUUAACCCAAAAAACAGAGAAAACAACACAAUGAUCUCUGUUUCUGAUCUUUACCAUGUCCUCACCGCCGUCGUCCCCCUCUACGUCGCCAUGAUCCUCGCCUACGCCUCCGUCAAAUGGUGGAAAAUCUUCUCCCCCGACCAAUGUUCCGGCAUCAACCGCUUCGUCGCCCUCUUCGCUGUCCCCCUCCUUUCCUUCCAUUUCAUCUCCACCAACAACCCCUUCUCCAUGAACCUCCGCUUCAUCGCCGCCGAUACCCUUCAAAAGCUCAUCAUCCUCGCCGCCCUCAUCCUAUGGUCCCAUCUCUCCUCCAAAGGCUCCCUAGAAUGGUCAAUUACUCUGUUUUCCCUCUCUACUCUGCCCAAUACUCUGGUUAUGGGGAUUCCUCUGUUAAAGGGAAUGUACGGCGACGCCACCGGCUCUCUCAUGGUCCAAAUCGUUGUUCUUCAGUGCAUUAUUUGGUAUACUUUGAUGCUGUUUUUGUUUGAGUAUAGAGGAGCUCGAUUGUUGAUUGCAGAGCAGUUUCCUGAUACUGCAGGGGAGAUUGUUUCGUUCAGAGUUGAUUCGGAUGUUUUGUCAUUAGAUGGGAAGGAGCCGCUGCAAACGGCGGCGGAGAUUGGGGAAGAUGGGAAGUUGAGAGUGGUGGUGAGGAAGUCGGCGAGUUCUCGAUCGGAGGUUUUUUCGCGGCGGUCGCAUGGUGGCGGUGGUGGGGUUUCAUUGACGCCUCGGCCGUCGAAUUUGACGAAUGCAGAGAUUUAUUCUUUGCAAUCUUCGAGGAAUCCAACGCCGAGAGGUUCCAGUUUUAAUCAUUCGGAUUUGUAUGUAGGGAAUGCGAGUCCGAGGCAUUCGAAUUUGGGUAAUGGGCUUUUUUCGCCGGUGAUCGGACCGGCAGCGGCGGCGGCGAAGAAAGGGGUCAACGGCCGAGAUGGGGGGAAAGAUUUGCAUAUGUUUGUUUGGAGUUCGAGUGCGUCGCCGGUUUCUGAGGGUGGAAUCAAUGUUUUCCGGCACGGGGAGUACGACGGCGCCGGCGGAAUGAACCAGAAAGAUUUGGAUGAGUUUAGCUUUGGGAACAAAUCCGCCGUGAACGGCGGAGCAUUUGACGGCGGCGGUCCUGUUCUAUCCAAGCUCGGGUCGAGCUCCACCGCUGAACUUCACCCGAAAACUGGCGACGACACGGCGGAGUCUAAGCCAACUGCUAUGCCACCGGCGAGUGUGAUGACAAGGCUGAUUCUGAUCAUGGUUUGGAGGAAACUGAUCAGAAAUCCGAAUACGUAUUCUAGCUUGAUCGGCCUCGCUUGGUCUUUGAUCUCAUUCAAGUGGAACAUUGUGAUGCCAGCCAUUGUUGCUCGAUCGAUCGCCAUUUUAUCCGAUGCUGGGCUCGGGAUGGCAAUGUUUAGCCUCGGGUUGUUCAUGGCCUUGCAGCCUAAGAUCAUUGCUUGUGGAAACACGGUUGCUUCCUUCGCCAUGGCGGUUCGGUUCAUCACUGGUCCGGCCGUGAUGGUGGCUGCCUCCGUAGCUGUUGGGCUCCGAGGAGUUCUCUUGCACAUUGCCAUAGUUCAGGCUGCGCUGCCUCAAGGGAUUGUCCCUUUUGUGUUUGCCAAAGAAUACAACGUCCAUCCUGACAUUUUGAGCACCGGAGUCAUAUUCGGGAUGCUGAUUGCUUUACCGAUAACUUUGGUUUAUUACAUCUUGCUCGGACUUUGAAGCUUUGCAAAUCUGUCAUUUUCUCU